UGUGGUUUACUUAUUUAAUCAUUUACGAAGGAAGUUUACAAUAAUUCUUUGAUUUAUAUCACUGUCUAUAAAUUUUAGUUCCUAUCUGAUUUUAGAGAAAAAUAUAGAUUCAAAUAAUUUUCUCGCUUGAAUCCCAACUCCCAAGUGCUGUUUGAAAAUUGCAUCAUAUUUAUUAAGAAAUAACAACAGUGUUGUUUUAUAUAAGUUUAACUAAAAAAUUAAGAAACGGAGCAAAUGAUGGCACCAUUUAAUUUAGAGGGAGAAACUUUAGGAAAAAAACACAGAAGUUAUAAUAAAAAACUCAAUGAUUUAAUUUCUCGCAAUCCAAGUCAAAAGCCUAAUGCUAUUAAUUAUGAUGAUUGUGACAUAGAAAACUUAUUAAAAAUAGAUAUUGCUUGCUGGCAAAAAGAUGUUGAAUAUAUCCUUGAGAUAUUGAAAUGUAGGGAUAUGUUAUAUGUAACGAGAGCCUUAAAACAGGUGAAAUGGCUAAUAAAAGAAUCACAAUAUGCUCACAUAAUCAAUCCAACCUUUAUACAUGAUGAGUUACUUCCUUCCAUGAGUACAAGAGCAUACAAUAAACUUAUACUGCACAUUCAAUUAAAUCUCAGAGAUGAGGAAAGAGUUGAUAUGUUUUACACUUACAUUGCAGACACAGAUCUUAAAAGAGCAUUUAAGUGGCUACCUUAUGCCUCACCAACAUUAAUACAAAAAGUACUAAAGCAGCAUGGUAGGUCUGUACCUUUGACUGUCACGCAACGGCUGUAUAAGAAGUCAGAUUAUUUAUUACAAUACUGUAAAGAUGUAUUUGAUGUGAACAAUUAUGAAGAAAAUAAAAUGGUCCUGAAGUUGUUAAGCAAUAAUCACACUGAUUAUAUGAAUUAUCUUAAUGUAAUGCCAGUAUUUCAAGUACCUAAUAUUUCAGCCAACAAGACAAAGAAAAUAAUGAGAAAUUGCCCUGAUAAAAUUGUAAAUAAUAUUGCGAAAUUCAUUCAUGAAGUUCAUAUUGAAACUGUUGCAAGAAAUAUUCCAUCAAAAGAUAUUCAAGCUUUUUUAGAGACAAAUAGUCAAAAUCCAUACCUUAAGUCUCUGUACAAAUAUGACAAACUAAGAUAUUUUAUCAAACGUUUACCAGAAAAAGAUAGGAUUGAUUUAAUAAAAACUGUAUUUUUGGAUAAAACAGAAAUGAAGUUUAGGAUGGAAAAUGAUCUGUAUAAUAAUACAAUGAUCCGCUGUUUAACCAAUAUGAAUAAUGAAUACUUGUGGUAUGAGUUCAUGCCAUUUGACUCAGCAUUUGUUGGCUUAAAAAAAUUAAUAGAAAAAGAGUCAAACCCUCUUAAGAAAUGUAACAUGAUUUGUUUGCUUUGGUCCUGUGCUGGCUGUGAAAUGCAUAUGCAAGAAAUACUCAAAUAUUAUAAUGUAAACCACAUACUUGAAGCUUUUAAAUACAAAUCAAAAUUUGUCAAACAUGUUCUAUCAAAAACAGACAUACAUCAUUUUGAAAAAAUCACCUGGAAUCUUUUGAAUAAUUUAUUCUAUAGCAUGGGAAUUUACAAUCAGUGUGUCAACAGCAAAGUGGAUGAAUAUGUUGAUUGUAUUAUACUAUAUAACAUUAUUCAUGAUUGUAAUGUGCCAAAUGUAAUAAUGUCCAAGUUUAAUUUUAAAACUUUUAAAAAUAUUCUCAAGAAAUUAACUCAAGAAGAAAAAACAAGAUUAUUCGAAUUUUUAUUUCAAUUUAAUAGCAAAAUCCUACAGCAAUACAACAUUGCAGAUGAAAAGGAUUUUGUAGCAAUUUUGGCAUGCCUUAAAAACCUAUCAGACCUGAUCUGUGACUUUAAGAAGAGUCUUGUUGAUUUCCCAAUUACCUUUAAAGAAAUGAAUAAUGUCAUAAUUUAUCUUGUGAAUCAAUCAAGAUUUGAAGACCUAAAAGAAAUAUGUAAUAUUGGUAUCAAUUUUAAAAGGUAUAUUAUGCUCACUCAUUCUAUUCUUAUAACUGAAACAGAGAAUGAUUGCUUAGGUGCAUUAAGAUAUGGACCACACUUGUUACUUGAAAAAGUCAAAAGUAUAUGUGAGAAACCUGAGUUGACAAAAAGAAGAUUCUUUCAAAAGCUUCGAGUUUAUUGGCAUGAUACACUUGCUGUAAUGUUUAAGGAUUUUUUAUCUGAAAGUUGUUACGAUAAUGCUAAUAAUAUAGGACACAUAAUAACUCUUUUGUCACAAAAAGAAACUGAGAAAUUAUUACAGACAUAUUCAGUUUCUGAUUGUGCAGAAAAUAGUAAACUUCUAAAAAGCUUAGUAAACCAUUUACAUAAGGCUCGACCAGCACCUUCGCUAGAAAUCUUGCUAUCAAAUAUAAAUUUUUCACAUAAUACUGGAGCUUUAAAUUUUUUGCUAUCCGAUUUAAACUGUUUUGAGGCCCGUCCAUACAUUUACAAAUUUUAUGAAAUGAAUACUUCGUUGCGAAAAGUUGCUUUAAGAUUCGCUGUGACAAAACUAAAGCAUAAUGAAUUAAUAAAAUUGUUUCAUGAAACUUGGGUAAUUUCUAAAAAUCGUCGGUUGCGAAGUUUAAUAUUCAAAUUAACUUUUCCUUUGUUAUCUUCCUCAAAGAAGGAUAAAAACAUUGAUGAUAUAUGGGAACUAAUGGACAGAUUUAUUGAGGAUUUAGGAUUAAAUGAACACAAAUCUAUAUAUGAAACAUUAAGUAACAUAACAAAAUCUCCAAUAAGAAUAUGGCAACAUUAUUUUAAGAGAGUGGAAGCAUUAUUAAAAACAUUACCAAAUGAUACCUAUUAUAAAACGUUUGAUAACCAUAUUCUAAGGAUGAUUGAAAAUUACUCCAGUGAGAAACAUAAUAUUUUAGAUUUAGAUUUGGUUUUAAAGAAAAAGGAGGCAGAUAUAAAAAACUUAAUGACAAAAUCAUGCUAUGUGUAUUGGCUGCCUUUCUAUUUGUUAGAUGUCAAGGAUGAAAAAACCCAAAUGGAAAGAUAUAACGCUUUAUUUGUACAACUUUUAGAAUAUGUACUAAGUACAUGGCAAUCUGAUUCACCAGCUAAGAGAAACUUUUUUACUAUUAUGGAAGGACUCUAUAAUUUUAUUGGAACAUAUCAAUUUAGUAAGGACAUAGUUGUACCUAUUAAAAUGUUUUCUGAUAUUCAAUUAAGGACAGAAAAUGCUAUACCCUAUGACGAAAAUUACUUUUUUCUGAGGUAUACAAAAUUAGCUGUGUGCUAUUUAAAUGUUGCAGAUACUUUUCUAAAGUCACAUACAAAUAGGAAUGAAUUACCUGCAAAAGUUUGUGAAAAUUUCGCAAAAGUUUGUGUUGAGCAACUAAAUGAAGAUAUAAAAAAAUAUUCUCCUGCAAUUUAUUUAACUUUUACCCAAGCAUUGGAUUAUUUAAUUACUCAAUUGGGGUUGGAUAGAAUGUAUAUAUUAGAAGGAGUGAUGGGGUGUAGUCCUCCCAUAGAAGGUUAUCUAAUGGUGGUGGAAUUGCUGCCACAGAGCCUAUUUAACGAGGAUGCAUAUUAUUUACGCAGAAGUGUAAUACUUAAACUCAAAGCGCAUCCAAUAGAUGCGGUAAGGACGCAUAUAAACAAUUACUUUCUCAGAGAUUAGACAAUAAUUAGUAUAGAAGAGUUUCGAAACUCGUGGGUAAUCAUUAUUAGUGUUAUUAGUGUCGAAUCAAUGCAGCGUUGUUUUGAUUGCUUGCUUGCUUUUCGUUAUUAUUCAGUUUUGUUUUCAGAAGUAAAGAGUCUUAAAAGAAAUAUCCUAAAUAAGCAGUGGAAUCGAUGUAAACUUUUUCUUUCGAGCUGCUAAGUUACUGAAUCUAAUAAAAGCUGUACCUACUUCACCAAGGGUCGACUUCAAAUGAAGCUGUGAAACAAUAAUCAGCUCCCUGUGACAUUUCGAAGUGGAAUUUUAUUUCAACCCAUUGAUCAAAAUAGGGUGUACAUGCUCUGAAAGUGUUUUUUGUUGGGAGUUUCAUAAAUAUCUUUGUAUACUGCAUGUCUCGUUGCAGUUGGGGGCAAGGAAAACCAUUUGUAUAUUUCUCGCACUAAAUACGAUAUUUUCUUAGUAGAGUUUCCAUAUGAGUGCGAAACGACUAAUUGCAAAGAAUGCCAGAUGCCUCAUGUCAUGUCAUCCUUUUCUUUGAGUAUUUUGUGAACUCCAUUGUUUACUCCAUCCAUCACAGCAGCAGUGUCGGUUCCGAUUCCCAUAAAUUGUUUGAGCUCAGUUAUCAAACCGACGAGAGCAUCAACGAUAUUUCUUUAAUUUGAACAAGAUAAUUUCGCUCUUGGCUCAUAUAUAUGAGUCCUUGGCUUGGCAUUGUUUGGUUACGGCAACAUUGGUCGGUUCGUCGAUAAUUUUACAAUUUGCCACGAUAUCUUUGACUAGCAAAUCAUUGAAAUAUGGGCUCAAGAUAUCGGAGCACAUUAAGUACGAUGAAUUUUCAUUUCAGCAACCACCGAAAAUUAUUUUACACAAAUUGGUUUAAUAAUCGCAAUGUAGGUACAAUAAAACUUUCAGAUCAGCAGGUGCUAAAAUCAUGUCUUAUUUGACUAGUCACUUGAAGUACAAGGCGCAUAUAUACCUAGUACUUAAUAUGCUUUUUUGUUUCCUUGUGCUGUUGAAUAUCGUAAAAUUUAGCAUUCAUUUGGGUUUAACAAUACGAGCCUAUAGCUUUCGAUGCAUCUCCUAAGGCAUCUCCUAAUAUUUGUUUAUGCCACUUAUUAUAAUUUUUUUUAGGUCCAUGAAUAUCUAUUUCCAAUUCUAGUUCCUAUUCUUUUCUAAAGGACUGUUUAAACUUUUCUAUGUGCUCUACUUGUCUCAAACAUAUUUGAGUAUUUGCCACUAGAUUUACGUAAUAUGUGUGUAUGUGUCGUGGCCAUAUGGUAGAUUUGAAAGAUAUUGCUGCAGCUGAACACCUCCUGGUAUGAAUUUCUUUGUGUAUAAUUAAUUCUUUUUCCAUCUACGUAUUUAGCAAUCACUGAAUUGAACGUUUCUGCAGCAUUACUGUCAACGUCAUGUAUUAAACUUUUUGCGUUUCUUGCUAAGGAUACAAUAUAACUGCAACCGAAAGAUGUUACAUUGUGAUCAGCAAUUUUUCCCAAAAUUAAAAAAAAGACGUGUGGCACUCGAAAACUGCCGCGGUAAAGCUAUUGCAUAGCUUGCCUUCAAGCCAGGUGUGGCUCCCCACGCCCGUCGGAGUGGGGAGCGUGAGGGUUUUUUUCGUUACGGAAUUUCUGGAUUCGGUCCCCGCGCUCAAGGCCCGCGAUAGAAGCUAUGCAAUAGCUUAAAAAAUACGCUUUUGAUACUAUUCGUCGUCCCUCUAGACAAAAAACUUCACCAGUAUUAUCGAUUAUUUGUUUUACAUUUUCAAUCAGCAAUCGGGAAUCAUCAGUUUUGUUUUAUUCGAAUUAGGACAAUCAUAAGUUUUUCGGCUAAUGUAUUCAGCAGAUUUGAAUUUCGACCGUAUAAGGCUUUUUCUGUACAUUAGGCCACCCCUUUUUAAUCCAAAUCUGUAUUUAAAUAAUUUUUGUCUAUCCGUCUCCAUACAAAGAUUUAGACUUUUUUAAUCCUUUCGUUAGUUUUUUUUCGUCGUUGUUAAUAAUUUUCCACGUUCAAAGUACUUACCCAAUAUAAUAUAUUGUUUUUAAAUUUUUCAUUGCUUCUUUUAUUUACCUACUGCAGCUAGGCAGCACUGGCAGAGUUGCUAGUGACGGUUGAGUGUGAAUUUUCGAGUGCUAAAUUAUUAUUCAAUAUUACAAGAUAAUGUUAUAUUACUAUCCUAAACCAUAGAAAUCUAAAUAACAAGGCACUAGAAGUCGUAAGCGCGCGUGACAUUGUCGCCGCUCAGGUGGUUACCAUACCACAAGUGCGUUCGUCGCUGUUCAGUUGCUCUAGAGACGUGCGUGUGUAAACAUGGUGUGUUUCAGCAUUUCCCAUUGCGGAAAUACUUCCACAAGUUGUAAUUAUACUAAUAAAGGAAUAACAUUUCAUCGGUAAAUAUUUUUUUUUAGAAUUUAUAACAGAUAUAGUUAUAACUUUUUUUUAAAUAAGUACAUCGA